GAAGAAGACGUCACUUCCUGGCGGGAUUUCGAUCUGAAACCGGAUGUAAACAAAGCCAGAGACAGAUUUAAACAUCCAUGCGUUAACUUUGAUAAAAAAGGCAAGUGUAGAGUUGUAUUGAGGAAAACAAGGCUUCGUAUGUGACCGCCGCUGGAAGUAUUUGUAAACGUCUUGUUAAAGUUGUAAUCAACAGUCGUAGUAACCUCAAUCGAACAAGACACCUUCACUGUUUUGUGAUGGACCCAUCUGACAACGCUGGGAACCUCAGCCACAUAGUGGAGGCUGUGGCAAUGAAUGAUGGUCCUGCUCCUGACAACUCCACUGGACAGAAAGAUACCUCGCCUGCAGACAUGCUGAGAAUAAAACAACAGAUGUCCAACCAAUGCUUUGAGAUGGCAGUACAGCUCCAAGCAGGAAAAAGUAAGCAAUCAUGCAGCAUACAUGAAACUGAGAGAGACUUGUCAGAUUGUGUCAGUGAGCUGGAAAGAGUCAAGACAAAUAAUUUUAACAGCACAUUGACACUGCACAGAAUGCAGAUGUGGCACGCUAUUGGAGAAAAACUGAAACAGAGUGAUUCAGAGGCAGUUGCCCUGCAAGCUGUGAAUGACCGCUGCAUGGCUCUUUGUUCACAAACAAAACAACUUCAGCAAGAGUCAAGAGUUCUUCAAGAUGAAAUCACAGAAAUACAGAAGAAGAGGCUUGAGAUGAAGCGGCUCACACAUGAGAAAUUGAAAGAGAUGGAAGAGUUGAUGUCCAAGAAAGAGCACCCAGAUACAGAGAAGUACAAAGCUAUGGUGGAGAAAGGCCAGAUGAACAUGGAGAAAUACAAAAAGAUUACCAUCAUGACACAGGACGUCCUCAGGGGCAUCCUCUUGGCCUGUAAAGUCAACUGGCUGGAUGAUCCCAAACUUCGAGACAUCGCCAUGACGCUGGAGGAAUUUCCCAUCUCUGACUAAAAUCACAAAUCAAUUUAUCUCAUAUUUAUAUAUUUCUGUGUUGUAUUGUCAAAUAAAUAAUCAAUAAAACCACUAGUAUUAUGA